CGGGCGGGAUCCUGUGCUGCUCCCCGCUCCCAGCAAAACCCUCGGCGGGCGGAGGCAAGCCGCAGGCGAAUCCUCCCCCUCGUUCCCUCCCGGGCUCCCGGCCUCCCCUGUGCACACUGCGCAGUGCGCUGUGCGGGCAGCGGGCGUGCGGCUUCAGUGCGGCCGGCGGCGGGCCGCGGGCGGCCACUCCUCGUCUCCUCCCCCUUGCAUGCGGCUUCUCCUCCCCCUCGCCUGCGGCUUCUCCUCCCCACUCGGCAGCCGGCACUCGGCUCUCGGCAUCCGAACCAGAUUCCAUGAAGCGAAGGUCAGAUUCGUCAGAAGGUGUGUACGCGUGAACCAGACAACCAGUGAAGACUUGAAGGCGUGAAGCAAACCACGUCGACUAGGUACAAGCCUGGAAUGCUUGCUGCUUGAGUGCCAACUACCAACAACUUGAUUUUGAUUAUUGAAACCGAUUCUGAAUUCUGCUGUAGACAGACAGCCAAACAGAAAUGUAUAUCGGGACAGUGAAGCGCGAGCCCAACGCCGACGCUGACGCUGGGGGCGGCGGGAGGGCGGUCAGGAGACGGGAGUCGCGGGACCUUAGCCCUUACGCGAGGCCUGCGGCGGCGGAACCCCCCACCCUCUGGCUCAACUGCCGCCGCCUCGGUCGGAUCCUCCACGAGCUCGCGCGCGCGCACCGGUGGCGCGACGCGGCCAGCGUCGUCUCCACGCUCCUACGCGGUACCCGGAGGCCUGGUUCUUUUGAGGAGACCCGCAACAUGUUCGUGGUCGCCAUGGAGAUCCAUAAGCGGCUUGCUGAGGACAGCGGUGUGCAGCAGGGUAGCAGGAGCCGCUACUACCUCAGGAUGCAGUUGUUUGAUGUUUGGAUGCGAAAGCUGAUUUGGUUUCCCUCUUGCCCAAAAAAGCACUUGGUUAAACUCGAACUGGCUCUAUUUUAUGUUUCACAAGGCAACAUCGACAAUGCAUGCAAUGUAACAAGAACCCUUAUCGCCAAAGACGGGCUUCAGACAGAACCAAUGUUAAAUCUGGUUCAUGGUUUGAUAUCAUAUGAUAAAUGGUACUCUGGCUUGCCUAAAGAUAUGCAAAUUGAGGAGUUUGAUGUUUAUAAUGAAUCAUGCGCUAUUUCAAUGCUGUCAGAUGGCUGUGAAGAAAUUGGUCUUCUGGAUAAUUCAGAUGACAAUAUUAUUGAUGUUGAUUCCAGUUUGCCUGCUUCCUCUUCAGAAAGUUCGAUCAAUAAUGAGAACAUAGACACAAAAUUGGAUAAGAAACCUGGUUUUGUUCAUCCUAAGGAGGAAAAUGACCUACUUGAAUCACAAGUGAAUGAAGAGAUGAUGGAUAAAGAUUCUCAAAGCAUAUUUUUUAAUACCUCUGAUAGUCCUACAUGUGGAUUGGACAAGAGUCUAUUGCCUUUACGGCUAAAUUUUGCUACUGGGACUUCAAAUGAUUGUUUUAAUUCGUAUUGGAAGUACAAGUCAACACCUAAUACCUUCUAUGGAGAUGCAGAAAAAUGUCUAAGAUUGGCUCUUCAUUCAAAUCCGCCAGUGAUAGCAGCCUUAUUGCCACUAAUACAGAUUCUCCUGCUUGGUGAUAAACUGAAAGAUGCACUUAACGAGCUUGAGUUGAUCUGUCGCAGUUCAACUACAGCCCUCCCUUUUAGGUUGAGAGGUAGGCUGCUAGAGUAUUUUGACCAAAACCAAGUAUCAACCAUUUCUUCUUGCUAUGAGGAAGCUUUGAGAAGAGAUCCUACAUGUAUCUACUCGAUGGAGAGGCUAAUCAAAAUGCACAGAAAAGGAUACUAUAAUACCAUCCAACUACUCGAGGCAAUAACUUUACAUUUAGAUUCCUGCAAUGGGAAAGCUUGCAUCUGGGAGGAGCUUGUAUCAUGCUUCCUUCGGCUUUUUUCGGACCAGUCUGCUGACUAUGAGGAUUGUAUAUCAUGUACUAAUGUCCAAAGAGAUAAAGCGUUAAGAUCUUUCAGUAAAUCUUCUUCGGUCUUUUUUGAGCGACUUACAAGAGAAUCAUGGAAGGUCCGAUGCAGAUGGUGGAUGCAUCAUCAUUUCAGCCAAAAUUCUUAUACAUCAGAAACCCUGACAGGUGAUUGCAAGCUCCUUGCAGCUAAGGCAGCCUGCGCUUCUCAUUUGUUUGGGCUAGAAUUCCCAUACGUCAAAGCAGUUGGGGGCUAUCUUGCCAAGCAAGAAGCUCUCGAUGAACUCUCUUUCUUAGUCAGAAAUAUGCAGAACUCUGUCAGGCUAUUACAGACUUUGGAGAGGCUACCUACUUGAUUCAUGUUGGUUCAAUUUUUUUGCCCUGGCAUAGCAUUGUUGUUAGUAUAAUCUUGAUAGGAUUUUGUAGAGCCCCUAAAAUUGAGGUUAAUUUUGGCAGGAUCAGUAGCUGUGUCACCCGUGUAGUGUGUAUACACAAAUUUUGGCGCUGGUGAUGCUAUGUGUUGUUAAUGUAGCAGUGAAGAAAGGACAUCUGAAACAUAAGAUUUGGAAAUUAACUCCUUUUUUUGCUA